UAUGUAUAUAUAAACAUUAAGUUAAGCAACAAUAAUAGCACAUAAGAAACCCAAAGAAAGACCAAAAAAAAUAAAAAUGGCGAAGUCUUUUGCUCUGUUCCCAACCUUUGUAAUACUCAUCUUCUUCAUAGUGAUCAUCUCUUCACCACCGGUCCAAGCCGGUUUUACCAGUGAAAUCGACGGUCUAGAAUGGACCACGAACGGAGUCCAUGGCUCAGGUUGCCACGGUUCAAUAGCAGAGUGUAUCGGGGCAGAGGAAGAGGAAAUGGAGUCAGAGAUCAACAGAAGAAUAUUGGCGACAACAAAAUACAUAAGCUAUCAAUCUUUGAAACGAAACAGUGUGCCUUGUUCGAGAAGAGGUGCGUCUUAUUACAAUUGUCAGAACGGAGCUCAGGCUAAUCCUUACAGUCGCGGUUGCAGCGCAAUUGCUCGUUGCAGGAGCUAAAGAAACCGUGUUCUCUUCUCUUCUUUUCGUUAAGUGUUGUUUAGUUUAUUAUACUUGGAUUCAUAUGUGAAUAAUCUUUGGGUUUUCUAUGAUCCAUAAAGUGUUUGAUUUUGCUUUUGAGCUUUGAAAAUAUU